AUGACGACUACUACUACCGACAUCGAUUGCCAUCCAGCGCCGCUGAGGCUUCUGUCGCUGGAUGGCGGUGGCAUCCGCGGGCUUUCCAGCCUCAUUGUCCUGAAGUAUUUAAUGAAGCGAAUCGACCCGAAAUGCCCUCCCAAGCCCUGUGACUACUUUGACUUGAUUGGGGGUACCAGCACUGGAGGAAUCAUUGCCCUCAUGCUUGGCCGGCUACGCAUGGGUGUUGACGAAUGCAUAGAGAGGUAUAUUGCGUUAUCCUCUGCCGCGUUUUCUCCCAAGCGAUCCAAGGCAGGGGUCUUCCUGAAGCUCAAGGACAAGUGGGAAGUAAAUGGGGCCUACAGAGCCGAUGUCCUCGAGAAGGAGAUACGACAGGUUGUCCAAGAGCAUGAAGAAGGCAAAAGUCCUGACGCGAAGCUUCUUGAUUUGCGGCCAGGCUGUAGAGUAUUCGUGACCGCAUUUACGAGGGCAAAAGCCACGCCUGUUCUUCUGCGAUCGUACGAAACGGAUGAUGGUGUAGACUCUAUAUCUGCAUCUGGCUGCACCAUCUGGCAAGCCGCUCGAGCCACGUCAGCCGCAUCAACCUUCUUCGACCCCAUCAAAAUCGGAAUCCAAGAAUACGUUGAUGGCGCUACAGGCAUGAACAACCCUGUUGAACAGGUCCUGGAGGAAGCAAAGUCCAUCUGGCCGGAUGCUAUCUCGCGAAGUCGCAUCCAUUGCCUUGUUAGCAUCGGUACAGGCGUGCCGGAUCUCAUGAAAUUUGGAGACAAUGCGAAGGAGGUCAUCGCCACGCUAAAGAAGAUAGCCACCGAAACGGAAGCGACGGAAGUCAGGUUCUACAAGGCGCAGGAAGCUCUUGGUGUUGGCGGGAGAUAUUUCCGCUUCAACGUCGAUCGUGGGUUAUCUGACGUUCAAUUGGAUGAGCAUCAAAAGGUUGAUGUCAUCGAGGUAUCGACGGAGGAAUAUCUUAGAAGCCCACGGGUCAAGGAAGCUGUUGAGAACUUCAAGGUGGCCAGGAGUUUCGAAUUUGAACUUCUGUCGAAAGCAGAAGCUGAUAGCCACAUGGGCUGGCUUAAGACUCUUGACUAUCUACAAUAUCACGUUGAUGCUCGCAAACAUAGGACCGAGAGCUCGAGCGGCCAGUGGUUCCUGACGCAAUACUACGGGCGAUGGAAAGAGGAGCCCAGCUCGUUUAUCUGUCUUACCGGCAAGCCUGGCUCAGGAAAGACUGUGCUAUCAUCCUCAGUGAUUGAUAAACUCGAGAGUGAAGGGGCUGGAGCUCUCGCCUAUCACUACUUCUCGUUCAGAGACGCUGCGACCCAGGAUAUCCGCCAGCUAAAGCAUUCCCUUCUAAUGCAGAUUACGCGUUGUCUUGCCAAGGAACACCAAGCGAGACCCGGAUAUCUCUAUAUUCCCAAAGCUUUUGAGGAACUCUAUCAAAAAUAUCGCCAUUCGAAGUCGCAGUUUCCUCUCGACGAGGAUGUAGAGGCAGCACUCCGAGGCCUCUUCAGCGAAUCCCGGCAAACUUUUGUCGUCCUUGAUGCGUUGGAUGAAUGUCCACGACAGGUAGAUCAGAGAGCCGUCCUCAAGCUUGUUGAGAGCCUCUGCCUUGGCUCGAAUGGCACUGCCCAUAUUCUGGUCACGACUCGCCGAGAACCUCCUAUCGAAGCUGCCAUUAAUGAACUUCGAAUCCCGAAAACCUCGGUGGUGAUGGCCGUAGACAAAGUGAACGAGGACAUCAAGAAAUUCAUCAUCGGCUCGAUGGGGCGACACCCCUACAAACGCUGGCCUGCGACCCUCAAGAAAAAAGUGGCCAAGGCGUUGGUGUCCAAGGCGGAUGGGGUCUUCCGAUGGGCAGCCCUCCAGCUUGAGUCUCUUCAGGAUAAGGAGAGAGACAAAGAUGUGGAAGAUUCUCUAAAGAUCUUACCCAAAGAUUUGGAGGAUACCUAUGCGAGAAUAUUGGCACGUAUCGAACUCCAGGGAAGGUCUAGUAUGGCUGCGCAUAUAUUGUGGUGGCUGGCUUAUUCGAGGCGGCCGAUCAAAUUGAGCGAAGUUGCCGAAAUUGCCAUCUUUGAAAUGCAGCCUACGUCCGGCAUCGAGAACGAUGGCGAUUAUACCGUCUCAUACCACCCGAAGAAUAGGUUCCCCGGCAUUUGGAGCGUUCGGAAAAUCUUAUUGGGCUUGAUAACUGUAUCAGGUCUCGACGACUGCAGCGAGGUAUCCGAAGGUCAAGAUGGGACCGUCGCGUUCUCUCACUUCACGGUUCAGGAAUACCUUCGGAGUAGUGCCGUAAACCUCGAGAUGUUUCGCCUAGAUGAACGACGGGCACACGGCUACAUCAUGAAAUCCUGCUUAGCCUACAUAAGCUGCUAUCAGGAUCUGCGAUUCGGAGCCACAAGGUCUAGCGGCAGCUCUCUCUCCACAGCAAGUGAUAGAAACCAGUCCGAUUCAGCCUCUAUCUCCGAUUCCGAUUCCGAGUAUAACUUUACUGACUCCGACGAGGACGAGGAUAAAGGGCAGCAAGACUUCGCUCCCUUCCGAUUACUGCGAUACGCCGUGAAGUAUUGGUGGAACCACGCUGCCGUCUUGCUGAGGGGUACAGACCUGAAGUCUAGGACGGCCGAAAGCCGUAUGGUAGUCGAUUCUAUCCAUGGAGUAGCUGGGAUCAUCUUGCAAUGGAGUAUCUCUGUUGCUCUUGCCUCCAAAGACCUUGGCCAGGCUGCUAUGCGCUCUACCUUGGCGGAUACCCUAGCCCGGCAUAACGUGAACCUCGGAGAUUCGAAACAUAAUCCAUAUUGGACCCAUGCUGAUAUUGAGGACGACGCGAGCCUCACAGAAGUUACGGGAAGCGGCAACGAGGUUCUAGUUCGUCUCUUUAUCGAUGCCGGACUCCCCAUCAAUUCACAUGCUUUUGGAUUCUUUCCUUUACACACAGCUAUUCAGCUCAAGCAUAGUGAUGUCACCCAGCUACUGCUACAGCAAGGCGCAGAGCUCCGGCGCGUGGAUAGAAUGGGCAAGUCCCCCCUGUCAAUAGCCGUCGAAGCAGGGUCGAUAGAACUCGUACGCGAGCUAUUGGACAAAGGAGCAGACCUCUACUGUGACAGGGCGAUUCUAGCUACGACUGCUCCCAGGUGGCCGGAAAUGAAAAACUACUCUCCGCUGUGGGUUUUCUCUGGCACGUACAGACCACUUAGCGGAAACCUGAGCACAUGCUGCAAGCCACUUGAAUACGCCAUUGAAAGAUGGUCUACAGACAUAACCAUCCUUUUGGUGCAGAGAGGCGUUAAUAUCCUCAGGAGGGACAUGUGGGGUUCCUGUCCCCUGUCCGUGGCAGUUGCAAGACAGCAGGUUGAGGUAAUUCAGGCCAUGGUAGCCAGUGAUCCGGAGGCCUGCCGAACGGGCACGUUUGGUUCGGGGUGGACGGCAUUGCAUUUGGCUGCAGCGUACCGGAGCGUCGACAUGAUAAAGCACAUUCUGCAAGUGGUGGAUGACCUAGAGAAAAGGAGCGCUGAUGGCCACUCUUCCCUAGAUCUUGCUGUGAUCGGGGUUCACAAACUGGGUGAAGAAAUGAUCAAGUCUAAGUCUGUGACGGAAGGCAGAGACAUCGGUAAUGGUAGGAACUUGCCCUCACAGUUCCGUGCAGGGGUAGUGUCCGAAGUGAUCACUUUGUUACUUCGGUAUGGUGCAAGCUUGGACGCUACAAACAGCCUCGGCAACACUGCAUUGCACCAUGCAGCUUUGUAUAGCGAGUUAGAGUCGGUCGAGGUGUUAUUAUCUUGCGGUGCCGACUUACACGCGAGGAAUAACUUGGGUCAGACGCCGCUGAUUGCUAACUCUGCUCGGAAUGGAAACGUGGAUAUUACCAGAGCUCUUCUUACUGGGGGGGCCGAUAUUAACACUUUUGAAAAUAAUGGGAUGUCGGCGUUGAUCUACGCAUCCAAGGCUGGUCAAUAUAACCUGGCAGAGGUCCUUCUCGAGGCUGGAGCGGAUAAGUCUAUACAAGACGAGUCGGGCAAGACUGCCUUGGAUUGGGCUACUGCCAAAGAUGAUCAAUCGAUGAUCAGGCUUCUAUGCGACGGUGCGGUCGCCUAA